AUGAGCAGGGCCAACAUAAAAAAGUUCGAUGAUCCAAAUUUAUGGAUAUAUGAACAUGUUAUAAAAAAGGGGAAGCAAAUACAAAAUGAUAGUGAAUUUAAUAAGGAGCUUUUAAAAAAAGCUCGUGAAAAAUUAAAACUAAUUUUAAAGGAUUCAAAAAAAUAUGACACUAAAUUAAAAGAACUAGAUAAUCGAAAACACACAACAUUAAAUUAUAUGCGAGCAAAUAAAAAGAUUGAUCCUAAUUCAUUUAUUUUUAAUCCAUACAAAGAAAAAAAUAAAAGUUUAGAUAUAAAAAAUUUUUUUAACUAUCAAAAUGAAGAACAAAAAUAUAAUAAUAAUAAUUCUGAAUUAUGUAAUAAUAAAGAUAUGUCUAAUGUAAGGAAUAAUUUAGAGGGUAGUAAAAAAAAACAUAUUAUAAAUAUAAUGGAUAAAAUAAAAGAAAGUAACAUUAAGAAGAUAUCUUUUUUUUUUAAUAACCAUGUAAAUUAUUAUGAUACACAUUUAAAAGAGAAAUACAUGAAUGAAAUUUUAAAAAAAAAUGAAAAAAAAAACGAUAUAGAAAAAGAUGAUAUUCAUUACUCAAUAAUUAAUAAUGAGCAUUCUCCUAAAACUCAGGAGAAUAAUUAUUGGUUUGAAAAUAGUAUUAACAUAAAAGAUGGUCCCAAUUUGAAUAGCGUAAAAAAUUUAUCCCAUAAUAUAUCUACUGAAACGGUAUAUAAUUCGAGCAUAUUUAAUGAGGACCCCUUUGAUGAGGACCAUAUUAUAGACAAUGGUUCUGCUGAAACAGUUUACAAACAAAUGGGUAGCAAAGAAAGAAGUUCCCACAAUUUAAACGAUAAAAAUAUAAAUGAUGUUGAAAAAAAACGACCAAAAAAAAAUAAUAAUUCAGGGAUUUCUGAAAAGGUUAAUACAAUUUUAUUGUAUAACAAUAUGGGUAUUUCUUCUGAUUGUACAGUUGGGGGAUCAAAUUCUUUGUUAUCUAUAUUAGAAAAAUUGAAAGAAAAAAAAAAUAAUAAAAAUAUGGAAAUAAUUAAUAAAACAGAACUGCCUAAUUUUGUAGUAAACAACUUUGAAGAGACAUUAUAUCAUAGUAAGGAAGAAGGAAAGAAAAAUGUUGAAAUCAAAGAUGAGAGUGAUAAAAAUUAUUAUUAUAAAAAGGGGGUUGAAGAAAGUAUAAAUAAAAUUAAAGAAGAUGAAAAACGAGAUAAUUCAUCGAAUCAAUAUAAAUAUCUUGAUAGUAAUAAUAUAACAAUAUAUAAUCUUAGUAAACAUAUAAAUAUUGAUGAAAAUAAAAUAAUAAAUGUAUGUAAAUAUAUAUUAGAUAAUGAUUAUAUAAGUAAAUAUACAAAAUUAGAAAAGGAAGUAGCAGAAUUAAUAUGUGAAGAACUUAAUGUGUUAGAUAAAUUAAAAUAUAGUUGUAUAGAUUUAAAAAAAAGGAAUCCAAUAGUUACUAUAUUGGGACAUGUAGAUCAUGGAAAAACAACAUUAUUAGAUUGUUUUAGAAAUUCAAAUAUUGCAAAAAAUGAGGUUGGUGGUAUUACACAAAAGUUAGGAGCAUUUGAAAUAGUUGAUAAAAAAAAAAAAAAAAAAAUUACAUUUUUAGAUACCCCUGGUCAUAAUGUAUUUAAAACAAUUCGAAAAAGAUGUGUACAAUGUACUGAUUUAAUUGUUUUAGUAAUAUCAGCAGAAGAUGGAAUCAUGAAUGAAACAAUUGAAUGUUUAGAAUUAGCACAAAAAUAUAAUAUACCUUUAAUUAUAGCAGUUAAUAAAAUAGAUAAAUGUAAUAGUGAAAAUGAUACUACAUCAAAAAUUGAAACUCUUUCGAAAGCUUUGCUUCGAUAUAACAUUAUAACUGAAAAUGAAAAUGGGCAUGUUCCUAUUAUUCCUAUAUCUGCUAAAAAAAAUAUAAAUAUAGACUUAUUACAAAAUACAAUAUUUAAUGUUAGUGAUAAAUUAAAUUUAAUGUCUGAUUAUGGCAAUCUAUGUUCUGCUUAUCUUUUAGAAAAGAAAGUAGAUCAAACAAAAGGGAAAAUAUUAACUGUUAUAUGUAAAUCUGGCAUAUUAAAAGUUGGGGCAUAUAUAUUAGUUGAUCAUACCUAUACAAAAAUAAAAAAAAUUUAUAAUAGUUAUGAUAAGCCAGUGAAGGAAGCUUAUCCUUCAGAGGUUGCCCAAAUUGUUUGUCCCAUAUCAUUUACUGAUAAUAAUAAUUUAAAGUAUGGUGAUAUGAUUCUUGAAAUGAGUAGCUUGAAAAAUGCGCAGAGGGUUGCUAAGUAUAAACUCAAGAUGGCCCAGUACAACCUAAUGAAUGAGGCAUAUUUGGAAAAAAACGAAGGGCAUGGGACAUCUAACAGUUUUGUACUUCCACAAAUUCCAAUUAUUAUAAAGACAUGUGAUGAGGGAAGUUUAAGUGCAAUUUUAGAAGGACUUAAUGAAUAUAGCAAAAAAGAGAAGAAUGAAAAAUACUGUAAUAUAUUUAAUUUUGUUGAACGGAAUUAUAUUAACAAAAAUGUACUAAAUGAUGAAAAAAUAACAGAUAAAGAUAUUUUUAAAAAUUGGAAACCUUUUAAAAUUAUUACAAAAGGAGUAGGAACAUUAAAUAUUAGUGAUUUAAAAUUUUGUGAAUAUAUAAAUCCAUGCUUUAUAUUUUCAUUUAAUAUUGAUAUAAAUAGUAGUAUACAAAAAAAUAUUGAUAAUAUGAAUGGGAUAAUAUUAAGGUCUCAUAAUAUAAUAUAUGAAUUAUUUAAUGAUAUUGAAAAUAUUUGUAACUUUUAUUUUGAUUCUUUACAUUUAUAUGAGCCUGUUUCAAAAAUGACAAUUAAUAAAACAGGAUAUUAUUCUAUAAAAAAUAGUAAAGGAAAUAGUACCAAAAAAAGUAGGAGAGUUGUUUUAUCUGUUGAUAUUAAAGAGGGUGUAUGUAAUUCAUCACACACAUAUAAUAUUAUUAGAAAUAAAGAAAUUAUUCAUAAAAAUCUGACAAUCUUAUCAAUGCAAAAAAAUAAACAAAAUACAAAUGAGCUAACUAAAACAUGUAAUGCAAAUGCCAUCAUUUUUAAUACAUCCUCUGAAGAUUUUUUAGUUGGGGAUGAAAUAAUUGCACUAAAAAAAACUACAAGACCGCCACUUUUUGGAAAAAUAAAAUCUUUCGAUUUGGCUAGUUAG